AUGUAUCUUGGACUUCAUUCAAGGUCGACUUACAACACAGUACGACUGACACUCAAAAUGCAUUGCAAAGCCAUCGCCGCAGCGCUGGCCGCUAGCCUGGCAAUGGCCAUCGCUCAGACGACGACAUGUCAAUCAUACGUAAUUAUCAGUAUAAGAGGCACAUACGAGCUUCAAGGACGCAGCAUCGCAUUCGCUAGUAUGAUCAACGAUACUUUCGCCGCCGUGCCUGGUGGUAUUGAGUACGAUGCAGUAUACCCAGCGGCUGCAAAUCAAACAGCGUACCUAGGUGCCGACGAUGUCACCCGCUACAUCACCACCGGCCUUGAAUCCUGCCCAGACCAGAGCUACGCCAUCCUAGGCUACUCCCAAGGCGCCUCAGCCACAAUGCUCACCCUAGCGAACAUCACCGACCCAUCAACCGCUAUCUACAACUCCAUCAAAGCAGUCCUGGUCGUCGGCAACCCUUACCACGUGCCCAAUGCCAGCAUCAACAUCGACGAGUUCGGUGGCGACUCGACCCGGAAGUAUCCUGGAGCCAGCUAUCGUGCCGACAAUGCGAGUGCCGAUGGUAUUGCGGAGAUUUGCUAUCAGAAUGGCAAGCUGCUGGAUAUCUGCCAUACUGAGGAUAUUGUCUGUGCACCGGCGUAUCCUGAUGCGAGUUUUGUGCCGGGACAUUUGCGUUAUGGGGAUGCGGAUGUACAGGAGUUGGGGAGGAAAUUCUUGGUUGAGAAGCUGUCGGGCGGAGAGAAUGUGACAACAACGGGUUCAGCAAAUGGUACGAGCUCGAGCGGUUCGGCGCCAGCAACUUACACUGGUGCGGCUUCCAGUGUCCAAGUCGGUGCAGUCGGUGCAGUGCUGUGCUCAGGAUUGUUGGCUUGGAUGCUAUAG